AUGGCAGACUUCCAAGACAUUGCACGCCAGUUUACAACGUUCUACUAUGAUGCUUUCGACAAAAAUAGACAAGAUCUUAAGCCACUUUAUAGAGAUGUCUCCAUGUUCACUUUUGAGGACUCAUCAAUAUUGGGCUCAAACGCUAUAGUCGAAAAACUAACCUCACUUCCAUUCAGGCAAGUCAAACAUGAAGUAGCUACGAUUGAUGCACAGCCAUCUGGAGAAAAUGGACAGAUCAUUAUUUUGAUAACCGGAAAAUUACUGGUCGAUGAGGAGCAAAAACCUUUGAGCUUUAGUCAAGCAUUCCAGCUUUACCGCGAUGGCGCAGGAAGCUACUUUAUUUUCAACGACAUCUUCAGGCUUGUUUAUGGAUAG